GUUUCGUUCUUGCAACCUUCCAACCCUAACAAACUCAGCCACCGUCCCAUCGCCGAACUCUUUUCCCCUGGUAGAGGGUGCUGUUGCCGCCAACUAGAACAGACUGUGGGUGCCAUUGUUGCCUGUGGAAGGUCUGUUCGCUUCUCCUCAAUCCUCUUCUCGUCGACGUCGCACGAAGGCUUGCUCGGAGUUGUUGGAGUUGCCGCCACAAAAGGCUGCUCUGUCGUCCCCUCUGCUCGCCUUUCCGUUCUCCAUCGCGAGCAACGUCUGCUUGCUUCUUCGAGUGACGUUGCCGUUCUGUCGAGGAGACCGCAGUACAAGAACAAGAAGUUGCUGCAUUCACCAAAUAAACAAGAGGACGACAAGUGUAGAGGAAAACGAAAACCCUGAUAUUGGUACACCUCACCACCAGACGAACCUAAUUGCGUUAAAUCUAAAUUGAAAAAGAAGAAUAAGAAGACUAUGGAAGUUGCAGUGAAAGAAGAAAAUGCCGAGAAUGAACCUAAUGGCUCAGAAUCAAAAUUGAAAGAUAAGAAGAAGAGAUUGUUGAAGGAAGCAGAGAAAGCGGACAAGCGAGGUGUUUGCUAUCUGAGUCGGAUCCCCCCUCACAUGGACCACGUCAAGCUUCGUCACAUUCUCUCUCAAUUCGGAGAUAUACAACGCAUCUUUCUUGCCCCUGAAGAUUCUAGUGCUCCAGUCUCAACUAAACGGUCGCGGGGUGCACGAGACCAAGCGUACUCAGAAGGGUGGGUUGAAUUCAAGAAUAAAAGUCUAGCAAAGAGGGUUGCUAAUAUGUUGAAUGGUGAACAGAUAGGGGGAAAGAAGAGGUCAUCGUUCUACUAUGACCUUUGGAAUAUUAAAUACCUAAGUAAAUUCAAGUGGGAUGAUCUCACUGAAGAACUAGCAUUAAAGAAAGCUAUUCGGGAGCAAAAGAUAGCUUUAGAACUUUCUGCUGCCAAGAGAGAGAGGGACUUAUAUCUUUCCAAAGUCGAUAAGUCACGUGCUUUGAAUGCAAUAGAGGAGAGGCUAAAGAAGAAGCAGAAGAUUCAACAAGACUCUGGACAAGUCGCAAAAGUGAUUCGCCAUUUCCCCCAAACGAAGCCAAUAACCGCUACUGCUAAAGAAAGUAAACCUGGACUCUCUGAUGAUAUACUGGAUGCUGUAUUUGGUGGUUCGUAAUCCAUGUAUUGAUACUUCAACAUCAGGAGUUCAGAACCCAAAGAAUAGCACUAUGCCAAUUUUGUAACAUGCAUAUAGCAAUUUUCUGUAUUCAACUUUUUUUUGGGUAAUAUCUAGAAGAUAUUGUUCUUAGUGAUUGAAGGUUUUUGACGUGGAAAAUUGAAGUAAUCUAGAAAUAUAAUAGUGUGUUUUUGUAUGUAGUGAAUUUUGUUAUAUUGCUAUACGCCUUCUAACGGUUAGUUUUA